AUGGCCCAGCUUGGUGGCGGCGUGUGCUGCUGCUGGGGGCUCGUCCUUCUGUGGGCGGCGGCGGGGGGCCGAGCAGAAAUCCGCUAUGCAACUGUGUACUGGAAUAGAGCUCAAAAAACACUUCAGGUCAAGAAUAUACUGGACAGGAGUGGAGAUGCUUAUGGCUUCUACAACAACACUAUACAGACAACAGGUUGGGGAGUUCUGGAGAUCAGAGCAGGCUAUGGCAGUCAGACGUUAAGCAAUGAAGAUAUCAUGUAUGCAGCUGGCUUCUUGGAAGGCUAUCUCACAGCUCCGCACAUGUAUGACCAUGCUGCAAAUAUGUAUCCGCAGUUAAUUAAGAAUCCCACCGUUCGAAGUGAAGUUCAGAAUUUUAUGGCGAAACAAGAUCAAUGGACAAGACAACAAAUCAGAAAUAAUAAGGAUGACCCCUUUUGGAGGCAUGCUGGCUAUAUUAUUGCACAGUUGGAUGGUCUGUACAUGGGAGCCCUCGAGUGGGCUAAACUACACAAACAAACACCACUGAGCAUCUUUGAUGUCCAGUUUCUGAAUGCAGUUGGAGACCUGUUGGACCUCGUUCCUGCAUUAUUUGAGUAUUCGGCACGGAGUGGACAAUGCAACGUGGAGCCAGGAAGCCAUGGGAAAUAUCAGUGGGAUAUGGGUCACUGCUCUGCACUCAUCAAGGUUCUACCUGGGUAUGAGAAUAUUUAUUUUGCCCAUUCCAGCUGGUUUACAUAUGCGGCCACACUGAGAAUAUAUAAGCAUUGGAACUUCAAUAUAGUUGAUCCAGACACUAGCACCAGCCGUGUCUCAUUCAGCAGUUACCCAGGCUUUUUGGUGUCCCUGGAUGACUUUUACAUACUAGGCAGUGGCUUGGUAAUGCUGCAGACUACCAACAGUGUGUUCAACCAAACCCUCAUUAAGCAAGUGGUGCCUGAAUCCCUGUUAGCUUGGCAGAGAGUCCGCAUUGCUAACAUGAUGGCAGAUGGUGGCAAAACUUGGGCAGAAACCUUCUCAAAGUGUAACUCCGGGACCUACAACAAUCAGUACAUGGUGCUGGACCUGAAGAAGGUCAAGCUGCAGAAGAGCCUUGAUGACGGUGCAUUGUACAUUGUUGAGCAGAUCCCAACCCUUGUGGAGUAUUCUGAUCAAACAAAUAUUCUCCGGAAAGGUUACUGGCCUUCAUACAAUAUCCCUUUCCAUGAAAAGAUUUACAAUCUCAGUGGGUAUGCAGCAUAUGUUGAGAAAUAUGGCAUGGAUUUCUCUUAUGAGCUUGCUCCAAGAGCAAAAAUCUUCCGUCGAGACCAGGGCAAAGUGACCAACUUGGAAAGCAUGAAGUACAUCAUGAGAUACAACAACUACCAGCAUGAUCCUUACGCUGAACACAAUCCUUGCAACACCAUUUGCUGCCGUGAAGACCUGAAUCCUUCUUUUCCAGUGCCUGCAGGGUGCUAUGACUCCAAGGUGUCAGAUUUCCGCCUGGCUUCAGCGUUCACAGCCACUGCAAUCAAUGGCCCCCCAGUACAGGGUGGUCUCCCUGUCUUCACCUGGAGGCGGUUUAACCACACACGACACCAGGGCCUGCCAGAAUCAUACAACUUUAAUUUUGUCACCAUGAGGCCGAUCCUGUAA